UCUCCAAAUUUCUACUUCACGGAUCCGCUUCAAAGAGGCAGCUGCAGCGGAGAAUCAUGUUAAGCUCGGCUACCGCGGAGAGCCCAAGGUAGCCCAAUGAUGGAUUUUGAUGAGCGUGGUCCCUGCUCCUCUAACAUGUAUUUGCCAAGUUGUACUUACUACGUCUCCGGUCCAGAUUUCUCCAGCCUCCCUUCUUUCCUGCCCCAGACCCCGUCUUCGCGCCCAAUGACAUACUCCUACUCCUCCAACCUGCCCCAGGUCCAACCCGUGCGCGAGGUGACCUUCCGCGAGUACGCCAUUGAGCCCGCCACUAAGUGGCACCCCCGCGGCAACCUGGCGCACUGCUACGCCGCCGAGGAGCUCGCGCACAGAGACUGCCUGCAGGCGCCCAGCGCGGCCCGGGCGUGCCUGGGCGACGUGCUGGCCAAGAGCUCGGCCAACGUCUACCACCACCCCACCCCCGCCGUCUCGUCCAAUUUCUAUAGCACCGUGGGCAGGAACGGGCGGUACGUCGUCCUUUCGCCGUCUUUCGGCCAGUUUUUCGAGCCUGCUUUUCGGCACCACGUGGCACCCUCGCUUCCGACGAGUUCACGGGGAGCAAGAGCCGUCGACAGAGGGGCCCCGGUCGUCGCAGCGUAUUCCGCGCAUGCGGCUGCGGGUGCCGCGGGGGCCAAGGGCAUCUCGGCUACCUCAAGUUCGGUCCCGACCCCCGCUGCCGCCAUGUGCGGCGGUGUGGCGGAGGAGAAGCAGCGGCUUUGACGCCCCGAGAAUUUAUACAGCAGCCCCGAGUCGUCUUCCGGCCACACUGAGGACAGGGCCGGCGGCUCCAGUGGCCAGCGCACCCGAAAAAAGCGCUGCCCCUACACCAAGUACCAGAUCCGGGAGCUGGAGCGGGAGUUCUUCUUCAGCGUGUACAUCAACAAAGAGAAGCGCCUGCAGCUCUCUCGCAUGCUCAACCUCACCGACCGUCAAGUCAAAAUCUGGUUUCAGAAUAGAAGAAUGAAGGAAAAAAAAAUUAACAGAGACCGGUUACAGUAUUACUCGGCCAACCCACUCCUCUAAGGUUCCAGCCAGCUGGAAUCGGGUGGGGGGCUUCAUACGCGUGAGAUUAUAUGCAGAUUUUGCCCUUGACCAGGUCAAGGCACACCACACAGUGACUUUGGAAGAGAGGAGGUGUGCAAGAGAGGGGCCACUACAGGGAGAUAGCCUCCAAGGAGGCGGCCCGGGGCUCUCUUGGGCAUCUGUGGUUAAGAUUCCUAACAAUGAUUGGAUUCAGAGAAUUGUGCAGCAACUAGGAUGAAUGGUUUGGGACCCCUGGUGGUUCAUUCUUGGAGACUGCGGAGCUUCAGGCUGGGUGUGGUCUCCACCAGGGACUGGGCCCCCUGCCAGGCCCCUUGGAGAUCGACCCCCACCCAGGACCCUCCACUUGGAGCCUGUCCACCCCCCAGGCAUCAAGAAGCUAGUCCAUCUCCAAAACCAGUUCAGCUUGGGGACAGGAGCAGGAGAAAAGGGGAGGGCGCCUAGAUGUCCAAAAUGGGGCUGCUCUCCAGAGCCGGCCUGAAAGGUGACUGGACUAAGGUGGCUGUGAGGUGGGAGAGGGCUGCUGAUCCUUGAGGGAAAACAAAAAACCCUACGAUUCCAGGUGGCAUUAGUGGCCCUCCACUCCUCCUAGCCACUCACCGCACUGUCUCAAUCCUGAGCUUCUUAGCAGUUGCCUCCUGCAGCCCACCUAGUUUUUCCUAGCUAAGAGGGUCUUCGCCCUGGCCUCCGCUCAGGCAGACCUAAAGCCUGCUUGCAGAGUAUUCUAUUCCCCAAGGUGGAAGACAUCAAAAAGCAGAGAGGCUGUGCCCAGGCGCUGGCCCCUACAUCUCUGCAGGAAAUGCCUGUGGAGUGCAGCAGCUUGGCAAAGCUUCUGCCACACUUAAUGGAAGCUUGGAUUUGCUCAGCAGAGGAGCCGGCCCGGCCAGCAGUCCUCAGCUAUGAGGGGCGCAAGUCCCCUAAAACACCCGGUUCCAGCGCCACACUCUACCCUUCAAGGCCCCGGAACUGAGCUUGGAAGCUUCCAGCGACCUUCCAAGAGCUCAAGAGUGAUUUGGAAUUAUUUUAAAAGAUAAAUAUUAUAUUAUAUAUAUAUUUCCCUGCAGGAACCAAAGCAAAUUUUAAAAGAUGCAAUGUAGAGAGAGAAAAAGAUGAUGAAAAUAUUUAAAGGCUCUAUCUGUUUACAGUGUUCCACGGUUAAACUCACUCACUGCUAAGAAUAUUUGAAUGUACGCUUCAUACAGGGAUGGUGUUCAAAAGACUUGUAAAUAAAGAAACCAUAACCUAUUUUGUUUGAAUACUUUUUUUUUUGCCAUUAGUUGAUUUCCUCUGGGGUGUAAGAGGGGGCAGGAAGGGGGUUGGGAAGGGUCUUUUUAAUUUCUUGCAAUAUUUUGAAAGCAUUGGGGGUUUUCCCUGAGGUAGUUCUGCCCCACAGUGUCGGGGACCUCAGCUGAGAAAGCCGGGCCCCCGCCCAUUGAACCUGCCUCCCUGUGCUAAGAAGCGUCUGGUGGCUCUGCUUGUAAGUGUUGGCCUGUCCUCUGUUCUCGCCCAUCGCGGAUGUCGCAGCAUGUAUACAAGCGACAGGGCACAAGGGAAAUAAAGACUGUGGAAACUUGA